AGCAACUCAUUUAAGUUUUGCUUGUAACGGCUUUUUUUGAAAACGAACAAUUCGUAUUUUCCUCCGACAAAAAGGAGUCCAAGGCUAUUUUCAUUUUUGAAAGACAAUAGAAUUGGAAAGAUCGUGCGCACUACUCGCGAAACUGUGUGAAAGUGUUAAUAUGAUCUCGGUCUCCCGGACCUGGACUUCAUGGUAUUAGGACUAGCUCAUAGUAGAAAUAAAGGACGGAGAACAGCGACGCUAAGGCACGAGAAGGCUACAACGGAAUAACUUUUUCGCUUGGCCCACCUGUGUCUAGUAGUUUUACAAUCGAAAAGAAGAAAACGAGAUGCAACGACAACAAGGAACAAACUUACGAGGUUUCUACCACUUAUCAACCUGUUGAACUACGACUUGAGUACUAUCGAAAAAUAAGCGACAUCAUAAGGCUACAAAUCAGAACAUCAAUCCAUCGUUAAAGGGAAGAACCACCGGAAGAUCGAACGACAGGGCGAAGCCGUCGACCACCUCCACGUUGGUAUUCCAGAAGCGAUUUUGGCCAGACUAGGCUACAUCGCUCGAUACCCAGAAUAAAGUGGACGAAGAUAACGAAAGGCAAUGAACUUCCAACUCCAAGCCUGAUCGAGAACGACAGAUGAAAUAAACGAAGCAAGCUGGAGCUGCUCCUGCUGUGUCAAGAAGCACCACACAGAAGACCAUUGUUUUUUGCCUCUGUUCCUGCUCGUAAUAAAGUGCGGCGACUUGAUAAAAACAGCGAAUUCAUCGAUCAAAGCAGCUACAACAUCCGUCGAAUAAAAGUUACUUACCCAGCUUUAUCAGAAGCGCAGCCAUGGCGGGUUCACUGGACGACUCUUCCGUGGUACGGCAGUUCGAAAAUGGGCUGUACUGCCAGUCGAUCGUCAGCGUCGUGUUUAUGGCGUUCGCCAUGACACUCAUCCUCCUCGGGAGACGGGGGGAAUUUUUCACGCGAUUCGCCAUCGGUUUCAUCGCUAUGCUGGCGGUGUUGCUGGCGUGGCCGAUUUAUCAAAUGUAAAAAUGUCUGGGUCUGGAAGAGUCAUGCGGCUUUUGCAUGACACAGAGGGUCUGGCAUGGAAGCUCUAGCAUCACAGGUUUCGAGAAGCUGCCGCAGUGCCGAAUCCGCAUGACAAAUGCCCCACUUUGGUGACAAAAAGUGGGCAGCUUUUGCUGCCUAUGCGUGAGAGACUUUUAUGUGUUGUGAAAUGCGCAUCACAAGUUGCAUUAUUCCAGACCCAGACAUAUUUGCAAUGCAUACGAUUAUUUUGAGCAAGCUGUCCGCGUCCAUCCACGUGGAAAGCCAGUACGUUUUUCUCGUGUUCUGGGUCGCGCCGUGUGCAAUCGCAGGCUUGUUGCUGGCCUGCUUUCUGAAAGAGAAGUUUUUCUUCAUCGCCGGCGCGGCGGCGGGCUGGUUCGUUGCGGCGCCGUUGAUUGGACUUGUCAAGUACCUCAUCCACUUCUCCAGGGGCGAGAAUUACAACGCAGCCGAGGCCACGGGAAACUGGGGGGACAUCAUGUAUUUUGAUUUUUUUUCCAUAAAUGGUUCGAGUUUGUACUUGUCCGCUGUGUUCAUGCGGCGUCUGCGAUGUUGUAGUUUACACUUUCAACUCAAAGUGAAAGCGGUACUAGAAUAGAGGUAGGGGGAGUCGGUUCUUCGAAACUAAGAAAUAAUUAAACCACGACCUCCUACAUUUCAGGUGGAUUCUCGUCACAAUCGGCAUCAUGAUCGGAUGUGGUUUUCUGGUUAUGUGCAUGGAGAAGAAGCUCCGCCCUUGGGUGUACUCCCUCUUCACUGCCGGUCUCUUUAGCUCGGCGUUCGGCGAAUUUCUCAUCCUGAUCGGCGCCUGGGCCGCCAUGGCUGGCGCAUCAACGAAGGAACAGUGCAUGGAGCAACUUCUGGACGAUACGAUCUCGAUCGGAGAGAGCGGGCACCGGGACUUUGGCGUGUACAGUUUACUUAAAACUUCCUACAACCUUUCAUUUAUCUUCUUGUGGUCUUCUAUUUUUUCCAUAUUGCCAUUGUUUCUGUCUGAGCGACAGUGCUCACGCGCAGCUCUAUGGUGCGGCUAGUCGGAAGAUUCAUGAACGAGAUUUCGACCCUUCGCAAACCCGCCAGGGAUGAUGUAAUUCAGCAACUACACAACACAGGUGGACGUGGCAAACCGUUUUUCCAAUGCGGCUCCCCCUGCCGCUGAUGGGGUUGCGUGACGCGCACUUGUACGCAAACCUGGAUCGGUUGGAAGCAGACCUCGAGAACAUCAACUUUCCCGCCGACAAGGCCGCCGCCAUCCUUCAAGCCUACUCCAAACAGUUUCGGUUUCAGGACGGAUUGGUCGCCUGGGGCGUGCUCCUCGUUUGCUUUCUCUUCACGUUUGUACUGGCUUUCAGGGGCUGCAAGAAGAAGUGUUGCUCCGGAUUCUGUUUUCCGGGCUACAAAGACACCGCAGCCGGCGACGGCAUGAACGGAGGACCGAAGCCAACCGCGACCAGUCCGUUUUACCACCGAUACGGCGGGCCGCGGAAAGUUGCGGAGAAGAACCACUGGGAGUCGGAGUCCGAGGUAAGCAAUUACGAUUCCGACUCGGAUGACGAGCUGUACAUGGAAGAGUACAUCUACGAGUCGGACGACAGCUUGGCCUUUUGAAGGCCCACCUUCGGCGGGACUUCAUCUGGAAGAGUUUGACGGUAAAAGUUGUGCUGUUACACAGCAAGUGUUGUUGACGCUGUGUGUGAUGUACACUUACAACUUACACAUCUAGAGAACAAAGGAAACGAAAAGAAAUCAUCGCUAGUACGUCUACGCUGUGCCCCGCAAUCCGGACUCUCGGCCAGGUCUGCGAAUGCUCUGGUUGAUAGCUAAGUACAGAACUGCUCUUAAGAAUACCUCGCCUUCAACAAUCUGCUGCACGUGGAAUUUUGACUACAACUUUGACACCCUAGAAUACAGUAGAGUUGCUCGGCUAAGUAUCUACUUUUGAUUUUGUCUCGCAUUAUGUAUCAACGACGUGAUCGUUUGACUUCUGUUCCGAAAAUAUUGUACGAUCUGAAUACUUUGUACUUGUUGUAUCCACCCAAUCUCAAGGAUUAUCGGGGUAAAGCUUUUCUGACCGAUUCUGGUUCUGCUCUCUCGUUCUACAAUGCCCGUACAUACUUUCUUUCACCUCAAGGAGGACUACUGAGCCAGAACUCCGUCCUGAAGUGACGGGCAAGUGGUUGAUAUCGAUACAUAUGAUAAUUUGUAUCCAAAUGUUUAGCUCUUCAGUCCUCUGGUGACGGAGUUCCCCUUGUUGUAAAAAAAGUUUUGGAUAGAUUUGACGCAUUUGAAGCUGUGCAGUGAUGCACUACCCUAAUAAAGGCACUCCCAGCUUCACUGACUCACAGAAACAAAUAAUGACAAUUUAUAUGAUUCGGCGGCAUCAAAUGAAUUUGAAUUUGUUCUGUAGCUGUAUGACGAGGCAACCUCAACCUCAAUCAUCAUCAGGGUAUUGUAAUUAAAUGGGGUGCGUUAUUCUUCUGUCUUGUCCAGUGUUUGAUUCUAAUGUGUGUGUGUAAGCGCAUGGAAAGGAUUCAUCUUCCUCUUUUCGUUUUAUCCGUACCAAAUUAUGUUGUUCUUGUUGCAUAGUUUAAUACAGAAAUAAUGCUUCAGGAAUUUGAGAAGGAUGUAAUAGUGCUUGUGUGGUACUAGCUGGUCUGUUUUUUUGCGCUUUCUGUAGUUUCUUUUUCCUACUUUUAUCUUUUGGAAAUGGAAAAACUUACUUGAGUGCAUCACUUUAUGGUAUGGAAGCUAUCAAGUGGAAGAUUGAAUCAAAAAACGGAAAAAAGAGAAACACCUUCUUCGGUCCGUCGGUGCACUUCUCUUCUUCGCAAAGGAGAAGUUUCUCAUGCGAGAAGCCCUGCUCGUGCUCCCCUUCGGAAACCUGAUGAAGUGAAAUUGCAAUUUUCGUCAAAAAUUCCAAGAAUCAGGCUGCCCCGCCGAACGUGAAC